ACCUGCAAUUACCCGAUGGUCCUGGUGGGGUUUGUCAUCAAAACGCGACCGUCUUUAUUUUCUUCCCAUGGGUCGUCUUUCCCUUUGCGCUUCUUUAUGGUUAAUUCUCAUGUGCAUGCAUCGCAAUUAAUCUCGUCACCUUCUGACGAAAUUUAUCUAAUGCAGUCUCGGAGCUGAAUCUGAUGGUCGCCGGAUACAGUGGUCUGGGAAAGACCAGCUUCAUUCGGACACUCCAUGGAACUCUCAAACUCCGGACCUCAGCUAGCGGACUCAAGAACAAGGCCUCGGCCGCCAAUCUCCAGGGUGGCGAUCUUACAUCAGACAAAAGAGCAACCUCGCCCACAUCCCCUACGUCACCUACUAACGGCACGGGAAUUAAGCCCAAUGGAACGAAGGAGUCGAUCGCCUACGCUACCGGAGAGCUGAAGCGCACUUUGAACUCUUUCGAGGCGUUAUACGAGAUUGACGAGGGUAACGAAAAGAUCAACCUGACUUUGGUCGACACGCCUGGAUUCGUCGGCACGGACGAGGUGAUUGAUGCGCAUUGUGACGAGAUCUUGCGCUACCUUGAAUACCAGUUCGAUUUGACUCUUGCCGAGGAGAGAAAAGUCCGCAGAAAUCCCAAGGCGGUUGACAACCAGAUCCACGCCUGCCUUUAUUUCAUCGACCACGCCACCCCACGCUUGGGCCUCUCUGAUGCGGACGUCCGGAUCCUGAAGCGUCUCGGCACCCGUGUCAACCUGAUCCCAGUCAUUGCUCGCGCCGAUACCCUCACACGUGCGCAGACCAAGCGACUGAAGCAGGCGAUUCUCAAGGACGCUGCUCAACACCAGAUCCAGUUUUUCCAGUUCUUGAGUCCCAAGCUGGCCAAGAAGCUGGCACAGCAGCAAGAAGACGAUGAACACAGGAAGAAGAGAUCUAGCAGACAAGGCCCCGGCGACGAUGAGGAGGCAGAUGAGCAGGGUCAGGACGAAGAUGAGGAUGAGGAUGAGGAUGAGGACGACGAAGAUGACUGGGAUCCUGAGUACUUGGAGGAAAAGGCUCAUUUGCAGUCGUUGGUGCCAUUUACGGUGAUCGCACAGGAGGAGGAUGGAGUCGAGAUCCGAGAUGAGAGAGGAAAGAUCAUCCAGGGACGUGAAUUCCCCUGGGGCGUGUUGCGCUGCCUGGAUAGCAACCAUUGUGAUCUGGGCAGUCUUCGUUCAGCAUUGCUACUGUCUCAUCGUCAGGAGCUCAAGGAGAUCACGUAUGGAUACUUUUAUGAGAAGUACCGUACAGAGAAGCUGUUGGCGAGGACCAAGAGUCAGCAUAUUGCAUACCAGCAGCAGCAGCAGCUUCAACAGCAACACCAGCAACACCAGAAUGGCACUGGAAAGGUGCCAUCACACCUCAAGGGCGAGCCGAUUGGUUCCUCAGGGGUGAUUGCCGGGCCUUGGGAGGAGUAACUGUUGGAACAGGAGUGAGCUUUAAUUUUUUUUUUAUCGGAUGUAGUAAUGAAUCAAAUCCAUCGC